AUGGUCUCGACAAAGAAGACAAUCGCCGUCGUCGGCGCCACCGGCACCCAAGGUUCAUCAGUCGCCCGGACUUUUCUCUCUCAAACCGGGUGGCAUGUUCGCUGCUUGACUCGUUCUACUUCAUCCGACAAGGCUCAGUCUCUCGCCAGGGAAGGUGCAGAGCUCGUGGAGGCGAAUCUCAGUGAUCCUGAGUCAUUGCGUCGUGCGUUUGCCGGUGUACAUGCAAUCUUCCUUAACACAGACUACUGGGAACCAUACCGCCAGGCCGUCGUAUCUGGCAAAGACGCUGAAACAAGUGGCAAAAUCGGAUAUGACACAGAGACUAGUUUCGGAAAGAAUGCAAUCAACGCUGCAUUGGAGGUCCCGACCUUGGAGCGCUUCGUCUAUUCUGCGCUGGGUCCCAUGAAUGCUGCUUCUGGAGGCAAGUAUCCAUACUCGUAUCACUGGGAGACCAAAGCCCAUCUGGUCGACUACAUACAAAGCACAGACCUCGGAGAAAUAAGCUCCUACAUCUAUGUUGGUGCUUAUCUCACCAAUCAGUUUAUUUAUCCGAAAGCCAGCAAGAGUACUGGGGAAUACGCUAUCGUUCUUCCAGCAAGCAAGCAAACACGCUUCCCAAUUAUCGAUACUGCUCGCUCAACGGGUCCAUUUGUAAAGGCUUUGAUCGAAGAAGAAGCCCCUGGAACAAAGCUUCUUGCAUACGAUGAAUUUCUCAGUUUCGAGGAAAUCAUCAAGGCUUGGUCAAAGGUUACAAUGAAGCAAGCUCGUUUUAUUGAAAUGAGCAUGCAAGAGAUGUUUGAGAAAUAUGGUGUCCCAAUUGAGGUUCUAGGAGGACCUGCGUUUUUGAAUGAGUUUGAUUACUGCGCUGGAGUCUCAGGCGUAAUUGAACCUGCUCAGUUGAAAUCCCGGGUGAACGUCAAAACUUUUGAAGAGUCGCUGAGAGGUCUUAGUGCUGAUAUUUUACUGGGCACUACUGAUUGGGCUUAUUGA